GGCACGAUUCCGUUGACCUACCAUCGCGCGCGCGUGAAGUGCAGUAUCCAGUCGGCCAACAUUUGACAGCAGAAUGUCUCUUCCCCUGACCAACAGGAUAGGCCUAGCCACCGCUGGCCUAGUGCUGCUCCUUGGCUGCCUUUCGCUAGCAACAAUCAAUGCGCACGAGGAGCAUGAUGCCCACUACUGGAAACACAUGGCCCACGAGCUGCUGUUCGAGAAGAAGGACUACACGAUGCAGAAGAUUAACAUCGCCAAGAACAUCAUGGUGUUCGUCGGGGCCGGUAUGUCGCAGGCAACCGUCACGGCCGCACGCUCCUACAACGGUGGUGACAAUGCAACGCUCGCCUUCGAGAACCUCAAGUGGAGUGGCAAUGCACGGACAUACUGCGUCGAUAGCCGCGUCCCCGACAGUGCCUGUGCCGGGACGGCCAUCCUGACGGGCGUCAAGUCGAACUUUGGUACGGUGGCAACCGAUCCGACAGUCAACCGGGGCGACUGUACGCUCGAUCCGGCCAAAAAGCUGGCCUCCAUCGCCAAAUGGGCCCUCGAGGCGGGCAAAGCUGUUGGUUUCGCGACCACUUCCCGCGUCACAUCCGGGUCUAGUGCGGCUCUGUACGCCAACAGUCCGGACAGCCGCUGGGAGAACGAUGCAGACGUCACCGCGGCCGGCUGUAACGUGGCCAACGUGCCCGACAUUGCCCACCAGCUAAUCCACGGGGAUAUCGGCAAGCACUUCAAGGUGAUAUUGGGCGGUGGACGCAAACAGUUCCUACCGACGACCGAGACGGACAGUUCUGGUGGCCGUGGGCUGCGGACCGAUGGCAAGAAUCUGGUGCGCGAGUGGCAACAAUCGAGGGGUGCCGAUGGAGCGAACGCCACCUACAUUACCAGUGCGAGUGAACUGGGCAGUCUGGACACCUCGAAGAUCGAUUACCUACUUGGACUGUUCGAUUACGACCAUCUACCGUUCAGCGCAGAUUUUGAGGGCCAACAGAACGUACCAACACCCCGGCUGGUCCAGAUGGUUCACUAUUCGCUGGAGAUGCUGCAGAAACCGGAACACAAGGAGGGUUUCCUGCUAUUCGUCGAGGAUGGCAACAUCCGGCGUGCCCACCAGCACAACAAGGCACGCAAGGCACUGGAGCAGGUGCGCCACUACGCAACCGCCUUCAACAUGGCCAAGAUGAUGGGUAGCGAGCAGAAUACGCUCUUCAUCUCGAUGAACGACAUCGGUAGCACACUGUCCCUGCCCGGUUUCCCGGCGCGUAACUCCGACAUAGUAUCCGCACCGGCCGGAACCAGCGAUGCCGAUACGUUGCCUUAUCUCGGACUUUCGUACGCCACCGGACCAUCCUAUUCCAGCUUCUAUCGCACGGAGCAGGGUCGGCUUGAUCCGGUGAGUGUGGUCGAAGGGACGGCCAAUGCCCACGAACGCACCUGCCCAGCCUCGGUACCGAUGGCGGAAGGCGUUGAUGGAGGUGAAGACGCCAGCGUGUAUGCUGCCGGUCCAUGGGCUUUUAUGCUGUCCGGUGGCUACGAGCAACACUUUAUUGCCCACACGAUCGCCUUUGCCUCGUGCAUGGAUGGUGCGUGCGAUGGUGCGGCCUCCAUUACACUUUCCAUGGCCGCGCUGACCGCCGUUUUCCUGACUAAACUGUUCGCCUAACAACAUACUUGCGGGUUACUAUGAUUGCUGGUAAUCGUCGCCGCGGGCGAUGCGAUUGAGACCGGGUUCCACUUUAAGUACGCGAAACUAACAUCCAAGCGGCGGAUCGAUGGGGUCAAGCAUGCGAUUGGAAAUAGUUUUGAAAUAAAAAAUAAAACCGUUUGAUACCAGUGAGAUGUACACUGGACUAGAAGCAGAAAAUGGAA